ACUUAAUUUGUGCACCUGUAAUACAUGCAUGCAACAUCUCUUUUCUGUCACUUACAUUGAGGUGUCAUAAAUUUUGAAAAGCUGUCCUUCAUGCAACAACACCAAAAACCCCUUCUGUUGCCUGUAUAUUUUGAACCCGUCGAGAGGGGGCCCUGCUGGUUGUCUAUGCUUUUAACUUCUUCUUCUUCUUCUUGAACAACUUCUUCUUCAACAGAGUUCGUUGCUUGUGACUUCUGAAAUAUGGAGUGAAACAGAGCUGAAUUAUUGUAGCCUUAUUUCAAGCAAAGAGCCUAGGGCCUGUUAAAAGGGAGAAUAAGAAUGGGUUCAAUGGCUACUACUUUUUACUUCUUCAGUCUCGUGCUUUCCUUCUCACUGCCAGCCAUUGCCAAGAAAACUUACAUUGUUCACGUGAAUCACAACGCAAAGCCUAAUUCAUACCCCACACACCAUCACUGGUAUCAAUCCCUUGUCACUUCCUCCUCUUCGGAUUCCCUCCUCUACACUUACACCGCCGCAUUUCAUGGCUUCGCGGCCCAUCUCGACCCUCAAGAAGCUGAUGCUCUUAGAGAGAUGGAUUCUGUCCUUAAUGUAUUUGAAGAAGAAAUCUACACCCUUCAGACCACCCACACCCCACAAUUCCUCGGCAUUGAUGCCAACUUUGGCUUGAGUGAUGGACGUAAUUUUAAUGAUGUUGAGCAAGCUUCUGCGGAUGUUAUUGUUGGAGUUCUUGAUUCUGGUGUGUGGCCAGAGUCAAAAAGUUUCGACGACAAAGGCUUGCCAGCAAUCCCAAAACGUUGGAAAGGAAAAUGCAAGUCUACUAAAGAUUUUGAUCACAAACUGUGCAAUAAAAAGCUGAUUGGAGCUCGUUAUUUUGUAAAAGGACACAAAAGAGCAACUCAGUCUAAGGAAAUUGUCUCGUCCAGGGACUACGACGGGCAUGGAACGCAUACUGCUAGCACAGUCGCUGGUUCGCCUGUAGCGAAUGCAAGUAUGUUUAGAUAUGCAAGAGGCACCGCCAGAGGGAUGGCUGUUCGUGCACGGGUGGCAAGCUAUAAAGUGUGCUGGAGCACCGGUUGUCUUCAGUCUGAUAUAGUUGCAGGGAUUGACAGAGCUAUUUUAGAUGGUGUUGAUUUGUUAUCACUCUCGCUCGAGUCUCGAGCUUCUCAACCUCUUCCAUAUUAUGCUGACCCCAUUGCUAUAGGUGCAUUUUCAGCAAUGGAGGCAGGCAUUUUAGUCUCUUGUUCAGCUGGUAACAGGGGACCUGAAAAAUCCUCCGUAAGUAAUGUAGCUCCAUGGAUUAUGACUGUAGCUGCUGGAAGCAUAGACAGAGACUUUCCAGCCUAUGCUUUGCUGGGUAACAAACAGAGGGUGGCCGGGGUCUCGAUUUCCAGAGGAAGACGAAGGGGGAUGGGCAAGCGUAAGCCAGUGAAUCUAGUGUAUCAUAAAGGAAGUAAUAGUUCGAGUAAUUUUUGCCUGCGUGGAACUCUUGAACCAACACUGGUGCGUGGUCAAGUGGUGAUCUGCGAUCAAGGGAAAAUCUCACCUAUAGAAAAAGGUUUAGUGGUGCAUAAAGCCGGAGGUGUUGGGAUGAUACUGGUGGAUAAUACGGUUGUGAAGGAGUUAGUGGCUCAUAACCACUUGCUGCCGACUGUGGCAGUGGGGAAGAAAGGCGGAAAGCUGAUUAAGAAGUAUGUUAAGACUGACCCUAAUCCUACAGUCCUACUUAGCUUUGGUGGAACGGUGGUGGGCGUCCGGCCUUCACCGAUGGUGGCAGCUUUCAGCUCGAGAGGGCCGAAUCCAGUGACUCCACAGAUCUUGAAGCCUGACAUUAUGGCUCCUGGGGUUAACAUUCUAGCUGCAUUUUCUGAGGGUGCUAGUCCAACUGGGUUGAAGGAAGACAAGAGGAUCACUAAGUUUCUCAUUGCAUCAGGAACAUCCAUGUCAUGUCCACAUGUAAGUGGGAUAGCAGCAUUAGUAAAAGCAGCACAUCCAACAUGGAGCCCAAGCGCACUCAGAUCAGCUCUCAUGACCACAGCCUACACUGUUGACAGCACCAACACUCCUCUCCAGGAUGCUGUAACUGCCAAAUUUUCGAACCCAUGGGCUUAUGGGUCUGGUCAUGUAGACCCGAAGAGAGCCCUCUCUCCUGGCCUUGUUUAUGAUAUCUCCCCACAGGACUACGUCACAUUCUUAUGUUCAUUAAAUUAUGACCUUAAUCUCACUUGUCCAAGGAAAUUCAGUGAUCUUGGUGAGCUAAAUUACCCAUCAUUCUCAGUCUUGUUUGGGAAGAAGACUACUGCUGUGCGAUACAGUCGUGAAUUGACAAAUGUAGGCACCGCCAGAGCAACGUACAGAGUGGCAGUGACUGCACCGUCUGAGGUGGCAGUGACCGUGGCACCAGCUAAGCUUGUGUUUAAGAAAGUAGGGGAGAAGCUGAGAUACACAGCCACAUUUGCAGCCAAGAGAAAUGCAAAAAAGCCAGCUGGGGGUGCUGCGUUUGGUUCAAUUGUUUGGAGCAAUGCCAAAUACAAAGUGAGCAGCCCAGUUGCAUUUGCAUGGACAUGACAUAAAAAUAUGUCCAAUGCAUGUUAAUAAGCAUGUGCUUGCUAGCUAGCUGUUUUAGCCUCUAAUUUUGUGUUGGUGCUCUCUAAGUUUUCAAGAGAACGUAGUUGUACUUGUAUUUAUUUUGCAUGCAGCUAAAGCACUUCUGUUGGGUA